CUUCUUUAUAAAGAUUAGUAUGGAACAGACUAACACAUAUCCUCAAGCUGAUACUAAUAUACAUUAUCCUCCUCCUCCUUUAAAUGAACAAACCACUUAUCCAAUGAAUGAUACUAACAGAUAUUAUCCUCCCCCUCCCGAAAAUCAACAAACAAUGUAUCCAGCUCAUGACAGCCAUCAACAUUAUCCACCUCCUCCAGUGAAUCAAACUACAUAUCCAACUACUUCUGAUAACAAUAGAUAUUAUCCGCCUCCUCCCAAUGAACCCUAUAAUACAAACCAGACAGAUCAAACGCAUCAUCCUGAAUACCAUGGCCAACCUUAUGGUCAAUCUUAUGAUCAUCAAAAGCCUCCUCUUUAUAAUAUACCACCGACUCAGACAUAUAAUAAUGAAAAUGGUGGGGAAACAGGUGAGAAAGGAAUCAAGCAGGCCUCAGGUUGGCGAGAUAUUUGGGCAAUUCUUCUUUGGUUAUGUAAUUUAGGGGCCUUUAUUGGAUUAGCUGUGGUUGCUUUAAGGACCUAUCGAAGUCAUAGUGGAUCUUAUCAUGGUGUACAAUCAGAGAAUGCAUAUCCAGGUUUAACAUUUGAUACUACUACAUUUAAAAUUUUUGGACUCUCUGCUAUUGUUGGAUUUGGUAUUAGCUUUUUGUAUUUGAUAUUUGCUAAUCUUUUCCCGAAGCCAUUGAUUGUCGUUACCUUUAUUGGUUCUAUUAUCGUUUAUUUUGGUGUUACUAUUUAUUACUUUGUAAUGCAUUAUUAUUCUGCUGCUAUCGUCUUUUUAAUUUUUGCAUGUCUCUAUGUUGCUUGUUUCUUUUGGUGGAAGAGUCGAAUUCCUUUUGCUACAGUCAUGCUACAAACCAUUACUAGUAUUACUCGAAAAUAUCCUUCAACAAUAGUAAUUGGCUUUAUUUCGUUAAUUAUUCAGACUGCUUUCAACUUUUUAUUCAUGUUCACUGUUAUCGGCAUUUAUCAAGCUUGGUAUAGUUCUAGUAGUAAUAAUUCUAAACUUAAUUGUGCUAUGGUGUUUUUAGUAUUUUCAUUUUAUUGGACAUCACAAGUCAUAUCUUAUGUUACGCAUGUCACUUUAGCCGGUAUCUUUGCCACUGUUUAUUUUUUGAAUGAUGGUGUUCGACAUCCAAUCUGGGGGAGCCUUAAACGCGCUUUAACUACCAGUUUUGGUUCUAUUUGCUUUGGUGCCCUUUUAAUUGCCUUUGUUAAUCUUAUUCGAUACUUUUUGCAAAUUGCAAGGUCGAAUACAGACAAUGCAUGCACAGCAUUCUUUAUUUGCAUCAUUCAAUGCAUAGUUAACUGUGCAGCUGGAUUAUUUGAAUGGUUCAACUAUUAUGCAUUUAGUGGCGUAGCUAUUUAUGGCCAAGCCUUUAUUCCAUCUGCUAGAAGAACAUGGACCAUGAUCAAAGAUCGUGGUAUAGAGGCAAUGAUUAACGAUAAUUUAAUAGGAAAUGUAUUAUUUAUGGGUGGUUUGCUUGUCGGUAUACUUUGUUCUUUAUUAGGUUUUAUUUAUCUUGAAGUGGCUAAACCAACUUUUAAUCAAGCUGGAAAUAUGACACCUGUUGUCAUUAUGAUGUGCUUCUUGAUCGGUGCUUCCAUGUUUUCUACUAUUGCAACUGUCAUCUCUAGUGGUGUAGCAACUACCUUUGUUUGCCUUGCUGAAGAUCCUGAAGCAUUAAGAAGAACAAAGCCAGAGUUAUAUGAAAAGAUUCGUCAAACCUGGCCUCGUAUUGCUCAAAGUGUCUAAAUAAUGAGGACCUUAUUCAUUUAUAUAUACAUCUAUAUGCACACAAGUUAUAUUAUAAUAUCUACAUAAUGAUUAGUUUCAUAUAAUAAAUAAAUAUACAAAUAUAUUAUAAGCUUAAUA